AUGGUCUGCCUCUUCCCGUUGCUGCUCUUUUAUUUUGUGCCAAAUUUUACGCCAGUCUCGACAAAUGUAGAUGGUUCUUACUUUGUCAAUUUUACAACAAGAGAUACCAGGGUCCCCGCCGUCCCCACAACGUACUGGUGCGCAGUGGAAAAAAUGCCAGAGAGGAUGUUGAGGCGGAAACAUCAUUUGAUUAAGCUCGAACCGAUCCUGCAACCCUAUGUCCCAGGGUUGAUUCAUCACGUUCGCCUUUUCGGAUGUGAAUCAACAGCUACAACGCCAUACAAUGGACCAUGUGACAAGAUCGAUCCUUUGAAACGUUGCAAAAAAGAGAGUGCUGCCUGGGGAAUUGGUUCGGCGGGGGCCUUCAUCCUACCCGAAGAAGCGGGGUAUUCAAUCGGCGGUCCAGACAUUGUGCCGUACUACAUGAUCGAGAUCCACUACAACAAUAUCGAGCAGAAAUCAGGCGUUGUCGAUAGCUCAGGGCUGAGGUUGAGCGUCACCUCAAAACUUCGCCCAUACGACGCUGGGGUCUUACUAAUCGGUACCCCGGCCAUGUCGAAAUCGAUGGUGAUCCCGCCUGGACAAAGAGACUUUGCUUUCAAAGGCCAAUGUCCGCAGGAGUGCACCGGAAAUUUCCCUGCCACCGGCAUCAAAGUUUUUGGGAGUGAGCUCCAUGCUCACGCAAGCGCCACGAAACUCGGGACGACGAUAGAACGAGAAGGCAAAGCCAUCGGUGAUCUGGCCAGACUCGACCCAUUUGUACCGGCCGACCGACAUCUCCAGUUGUUUGACCCGCCAAUCACUAUUAUGCCUGGUGAUGUUCUCACUACGGUAUGCCAGUACGACACUACAAAUCGAACGGAGACUACUUUUAGUGGCCCUGGCCAUUCCAAUGAAAUGUGCAUCAAUUUCUUACUUUAUUAUCCGACGGUGGAGGUUGGAUACUGUUUCAGUCAGCCGAAAAACGAAGCGCUGGACGGAUUUUUUGGCAAAAGCAAACACGCAACAGACCCAUUUUCGAAUUUCACCUGGACCGAUGGCGGGGCACGGCAUUUACAAGACCUUUAUGAAACUGGGCCCUAUCAGUUCAGUUGUCUCAACAAGGAAGGAGGGCCAAUUCUUGGGUCUCAGGAGCUGCAUCAGCAAGGAAAUCGAGUCGAAAAA